AUGAGGACUCUCUGCUCUCUGAUGCUGAUAUGCUGCCUCCUUUUCUCAUACACCACCCCAGCUGUUGGGGAUCUAAAACAUCUUAUACUCAAAACACAGCUUACACGGUGCUACAAGCAUGGAGGGUUCUGUUACAAUUCCGUUUGUCCUCGUAAUACCAGGCUCAUGGGUAACUGUCACCCAGAGAAUCUCCGCUGUUGCAAGACAUGA